UAAAGGCCUCUUAGCGACCAGUAGGUUGUCGAAUAGUCACAACAGAGUAAGACAUUCGUCUCCGACUCAACGAAUUGCAUUUACUGAGAAAUUACAUUGUGCAUACCAUUAUGGGUAGCUGUCUCACUGUUGGACCAAAUGAAGCCCUUGUUGUUUCAGGUGGCUGUUGCGGCUCGGACGAAAAGACCUAUGUUGUGGGUGGCUGGGCCUGGGCUUGGUGGCUAAUUUCAGACACACAAAAGAUUACAUUAGAAAUUAUGACUCUACAGCCCAAGUGUGAGGAUGUGGAGACAGCUGAGGGGGUGGCUAUCACUGUCACUGGAGUGGCCCAGGUGAAAGUCAUGACUGAUUGUGACUUGCUGGCAAUUGCUUGUGAGCAGUUUUUGGGAAAAUCCGUCAUGGAAAUUAAGGCCGUUGUCCUGCAAACCCUUGAAGGACAUUUGCGUUCGAUCCUUGGAACUCUGACUGUUGAGCAGAUCUACCAGGACAGAGACCAGUUUGCCCAGUUAGUAAGGGAGGUUGCAGCUCCAGAUGUGGGCCGAAUGGGCAUUGAGAUCCUCAGUUUCACCAUCAAAGAUGUUUAUGAUAAAUUGGAUUACCUGAGCUCUUUGGGAAAGACCCAGACGGCAGCAGUCCAGAGGGAUGCAGACAUUGGUGUGGCUGAAGCAGAGAGGGAUGCUGGAAUAAGGGAAGCUGAGUGCAAGAAAGAAAUGAUGGACGUCAAGUUCUUGGCUGACACCAAAAUGGCAGAUUCCAAAAGAGAGCUGGAGUUACAGAAAGCCGCUUUCAAUCAAGAAGUCAACACUAAGAAAGCUGAAGCUCAGCUGGCCUAUGAGCUGCAGGCAGCUAAAGAGCAACAGAAGAUUCGAUUGGAGGAGAUUGAGAUUGAAGUGGUACAGAGGAAGAAGCAGAUCACCAUAGAGGAGAAAGAGAUUGACAGGACUGAAAAAGAGCUGAUCGCUACCGUCAAACGACCCGCAGAGGCCGAGGCCUACAAGAUGCAGCAGCUAGCUGAGGGCCACAAGACGAAGAAGGUCCUGACAGCUCAGGCAGACGCAGAGAAGAUUAAGCGCAUCGGUGAGGCUGAAGCUGCUUCUAUUGAAGCGGUGGGUAAAGCGGAGGCAGAGAAGAUGAGGUUGAAAGCAGAGGCCUACCAGCAGUACGGAGACGCAGCUAAAACUGCUCUGGUCCUGGAGGCACUGCCCAAGAUUGCCGCCAAGGUGUCUGCUCCUUUGGCCAAAACCAACGAAAUUGUCAUUCUGAGUGGGGAAGGCAACCGUGUGACAGGGGAGGUGAACCGCCUUCUCGCCGAGCUCCCCGUGUCUGUGAAUGCGCUGACAGGAGUGGACCUGUCGAAGAUGCCAUUGUUGCAGAAGAUGACUGGCGCAUGAAAUCAACUGGCUUCUCUCUCCUCCGAUAUGAUUUAUGCACUCACUUAGACUGCCUUCAGAACACUUGAGAAUCUUUUCUUUUCUUUUCUUUUUUUUUUAUAAACAAAUGGAUAUUUGAAACCUCUGGUGCCUUAAUUUUUGUAGGACCAGAAUAUCUGCAUGUGUCGCUAUUCCUCCGACAUUUUUAUGUUGUUUGUUUGUUUGUUUUUAUUUUUUUCAGAAAUGUUAUUUCCUGAAAAAAAAAUAACCUUUUUAAUCAAACAAAUAUUUAUGGUGCAUAAUGUAAUUAUUAAAUCAUGCACUUCAUUUUAUGUAUAGAUGAUAUGUUUCUGUUUGCGUGUAAAUCCACUAGUACCGUAGGCCAUGUAGUGCUUUUUUUUUUUUAUUUUAACAUGUUCCAAUGAAAUCAUUACUUAUAAUCAAAAUAACAAAUCUCACAUUUUGGUCAUCACGAUUUUACUAUUAGCUGUGGUCUUUACACCCAUUACAGUAAGAGUGUUUCAUGUGAAAGCAGUCUCACUACCUUUGCUGUGUUUGAGAAUAUUCAAGGUCAUGAAAUCUUUCAUCUGGUCUCUUGUGUAACCUGAGAUUCCAGGUAAUACUAUGGCCUUACAGAUAGUUACCAGCUGCAUUUGAGGUAAGCCCGACUCUUUCCUACCUCUGAAUGCUCUCAACUACCAUUCAUCUUUCUCAGAUGAAAAGAGAAACACGCCCUAUAUGCACAGCCAGAACACUAAGCAAAUGAUUUGCUUUCUCUCACUCCUUCUGUCUUAUGUUUAGGGAAAAGCCAUGGAAAGUUGUUACUUGCUCUGUUAGUUCAAUCAGAGAACCACUUGAAAUGUAAACCUUUACAGAAUCCCAAGGAAUUAGAGUUUCAGGUAUCAGGUAAUUGUUAACUGUUAGUAAACUCUCUUUAUUCAAUUUACCAUUCCUGACCACAUAAACAUUGCUUUUAUGUAUGUAGAUGUUAGACACUAACUUUUUUCUUUCAUAUUUUAAGAGUUUUAUUUGUGUGUGUGUGUGUUUAUUUUCUCUUUUUCUAAUCAAUGUGAAAGAGUGAGGUCAUGAGAUGUUAUUGUUCUCUGCCGUACCCAAUCAGAACCUAGAUUUGUUUUUACUUGACUGGGAUGUGAGGAUUUAUUUGUACCUUUUUUAAUCAUAGUAACACUUGUAAGCCAUGAUAUGUAAAAUCUUUGCAUAGUUACUCAUAUAUGUAUCAUUCCUGUAAACACUUUCUAUUCAACUGAACCGAAAGGACACUUAUUGCGUUUUGUGUCAUCUGUCACUGUGAAAGUUGCAUUACCUCUUUGUUCUAUUGGCCCUUGGUAAGCGGACAAAGAUGCAGUAGAAGUCUAGAUAUGCUGCUGUCUGUAUUGUGUUAUGGUCUGUUGUGUUGUAAGAAGCAGAGGCUAUUUUACACCCAUUGUGGUCUUGUAGUCACAUUACUAAUGAAAAGUCUACACAGAGAAGCCAAAUAGUUGGUGGUUUAGACUUACUUAACAGAAUUAAAAAAACAUUUUUUUUAAUUUGGCUUUAUGUUUGUGAUAUGUCUCGGACAACGGCUUUUCCUUAACCCCUGUUUAAUAGGCUUUCUUACUGUCCUCACCUGUUCACUUUAAAAAGGAGGCUCUCUCUUCAGGGGCAUAGUUUUCUACUUAACUGGGGCUGUCCCUAUCACUUUACGAAAAUCUUAUUUCAACUUUCACGUCAAAUUAUGUAGGACAAAUCAGCUGGUGAAGCAAAUACAAGAUGUUUGGGAACAUAGGGAAUCUCUGGUCAUCAGUCGAAUCUCUCAGUGUAUCUUACUAUUGGCAGGAAGGUAGCCAACAGUUUAGCUGAUCUAUCCAACACGAGCUUAUUUAUCCUAUUCCUCCUGAUCAAAAACUACCAAAAGUGGUUUCCACAUGACUGACGGUGGAAAAACAGCACCUGUUAACAGGGUUCAGGUACUUUAUAUAAUAAUUAUUAAUGCAUGACACGUGUCUCCGCUUUCUAUGUUUGAAAGUAAUGACGCGUUUCAUAUUAGGAGAUCGAAGUAAGAAAAAUAGACAUUCUCACAAUUUUCUUUUUCAACCACUUAAUUGGCGUUUCAGGAAUAUUUCCUGUAUUUAUGAAGUUUGUCUCAUAACGACAUAGCCGAGCGGCAUUAUGACAGUCAUGCUAGCGAUGGCUAAUCAGCUAUCAAAAUCUAAUAAAGAUUUCAGUUUAGCGACGAAAUUUUUGCGUUUGCCCCUAAAAAGAGCUUUAACUGUGUACCGCAGGUGCCGUGGGUCGUGCCAAAACCCCGCCUAAAAUGUGUGAAAUUUAAAUUAUGCCCCUUUCUCUUUUGUUAUGUACAAUGAUGUAAUUAAAAUAAUGCUUUGUUAAAUCCCUUGAUGUUGCACACUUUGAGAAAUGAAAAAUGGCUUCAUUUAGUUAGCAGCACUGUACCCCUAACAAUAUGAAGAUUGUGUUAGUAGCUAAGGACUUAUUUUGAUCUCGAUGAGCAUAUCAGGAAAACUGCAGAUGCGCACAGGCAAAGGAAAUGCUAAAAUUUGCUUUUGCUUUUCGCCAUAAUAUUUCAGAAUGUGUCAUACAUAUAUAUAGACAUGUGAUCACCAAAUAUUCCACUGUCAGUCAAGUUAACAUUUAUUUUUAGGUUUAUGUAUCUAUACUAUGUACACAAAAAAAACAAUUGCAUGUUGACUGUGCAUGUAUCUUUUAAUGUAAUAAAUGUCAUGCCACCAUA